ACUUUCUGUCAAAAUGAAGUGCGAUUUUAAUUGUGACCAUAUUCAUGCUGGACGUAAACUGGUAAAACCUGAUGGUGGUGUAAGACUGGGCUGCACUCCUGCCUAUUUAGAAGAUUCUUGUAAGGACUGCUUUAAAGACUAUGAAAGGUUAUCAUAUAUUGGAUCACCUAUUGUGAACCCCACAACUGUAGAACUUGAAACUGAAAGCAAGCCUUUGCACAACAAAGAAAAUCAACAUGUGCAACGAAUACUUGACAGUCCAAAUGAAAUAGAACUAGAGACCAGUCGACUUCAUGAAGAUAGUGGCUACUCCUCAUUUUGUCAGCCAAGUGGCCUCAAUGAACAUGAAGAGGCUAGCCUGUCCCUGGAGCACACUAGUGACAGCCCACAGUCCUGCCUGCUACAAACACAAAGCCCAGACCAGUAUCCCAACAAAAACUUGCUGCCAGUUCUGCAUUUUGAAAAAGUCGUUUGUUCAACGUUGAAAAAGAAUGCCAAACGAAACCCUAAAGUAGAUCGAGAGAUACUAAAGAGAAUUAUAACCAGUGGAAAUUUUAAACUACAGAAUGUAAUUGGCAGAAAAAUGGGCCUGGAAUGUGUAGAUUUUCUCAGCGAACUCUUUAGAAGAGGACUCAAACUACUUCUAGCAGAUAUUUUAGCACAACUCAGUGGUAUGGACUUAAUCAAUGUGGCUAAAGUGAGUACAACCUGGAAGAAAAUUCUUGAAGAUGAUAAAGAGGCAUUCCAGUUAUACAAUAAAGCAAUGCAGAAAGUGUCUGAAACUGUUACUAAGUUUUUACCACAAGCUUCAACCAGAGAAAAUAUUCUGCACAGAACAGCCUUAGCUUCUGUUCAAAAAUCAGCCACCCAAACUUGCCUCAAAAAAGAUACUCGAAUCAAGUUAUCCAGUCAAGGUGACCAGGAAGACUCAUACAGUCGUCACAAUCAGUUUUCAGAGGCUGCCAGGACUUUGAAAAAUAAUGAGAGCCUCAAAGCCUGUGUCCGUUGUAAUUCACCUGCCAAAUAUGAUGACUAUUUACAACGAGCCACCUGCAAACGAGAAAGCUGUGGAUUUGAUUAUUGUACAAGAUGUCUCUGUGAUUACCAUGCCUCCAAAAACUGUUCCAAUGGCAAACCUCUAAAGGCCAGUUAUAAAAUGGGACCUCUGCCCGGUACUAAAAAAAGCAAAAAGAAUUUACGGAGAUUGUGAUCUCUUGCUAAAUCGAAUGUAGCUGACCAUGACAAUUAGCUAGAAGGUGCUAGGUUUUAAUUUAUAAAAAUGUACUGUGGUUUUCAGUUUUAAUGUGUGUGGAAGUUUUUCCCUAGUGAAUAAAGAGGGUAUACAACCUCUUGAAACAUUUUAUUAGAAUUUAAUGUGAAGAAAUACAGUGUUGUCACUAUAGAUCAGAAAACUGAAGAUUCUAUUAAAAGGAAAACUGGUUAGUGAGUUAUUUGACCUUUGUGAUUGUGAGGGUAAAACUAUUGAUUCAGUAUUAUAGUAAAGGAAGGCCAAGUAAUUUUACCUGGGCAAUCUUAAAUCUUAAUUACAUUGACAUAUUUUAUUUUGUCUUACUAAAUUAAUACCAAGUGAAAUCACAGCUUUUGGAAUAUAUGAAUUUAAAUGUCACCUUUCUUAAAACUCUUUUUUCAGUGUGUGUACCCUCUUUCAGUGUGUAUCCCCAACCCCUAAAGACCUUUGUAUAUCCUGUUUGUUUUCCUUCUUUCUAGUCUGUUUUAAUAUUUUUGUGCUUAUGUAAAUAUUUCAAUAUUUUUGUGUUAGGUAUAUGGAAAUACCAUAUCUUUUUAAAUAAUCCACAUAUUGUACAGUAUUUUUGCAAGCUGCAUAGCCACCUAUGUCAGUUUUCUGUGCACGCUGUGCGUGUAUUAUUGGUAAAUAUAGAAAAUAUUCUGUGUGUGUAUAUAUAUGUAAAAAAAACCGCUUCCUGUUAUGAAUAA